GCCAAAGAAUGCAGAAGUGUUAUUUACAGUAGAUGAAUCUUACUCUCUGGUUCUUGCUGCUGCGUGUAUAGGGCUGCAGCGGAGCCCUACCCACACUGGAUGUGUGGGAUUUUUAAUAGCUGACAGCUAGCAGGGUGAAUACGUGCUCGGUGUCUGAUGUAUCAGGGUACAGGGUAAUUGGCCACGAAGUUUGUCUAUCUUCUCUAUUUGGGGAUUGCCGAGUUAAAGUUGCUGUUUGCCGCGCAUGCGCAGAAAACGAUUCCGUUAGCUGUCAGAGGAGUUUUCCUCCCCGUCGUGGACCAAAACUCAGCGCAGCGAGCAGCGGCUAGCUUCUUUAAAUGUAUUCAGAGUGUAAGGGAAACAACACACUGCGAACUAAUGGACUUUUAAAACAACAAAAAUGUAUAUGGCGAGCUGUUUUCGAAGACUUGAGGUCCGUGAGUACAAAAAACACUAUCGUCGUUACCACACACACUAACGGUAACUUUAACGUGAACGUAACCCCCCCUAACGGCUGCUGAAGUUCGGGACCUUUAAAAGUUGGCACUGUCCUUCAAGAAGAGUAUUAUUUACAGAUUUUGUACAUUGUAUUAAUUAUAACAGCAUGUUUGCGAGUAACCAUCAACUAUGGUAGUCACUCUAAUGUAGCGUAUUAGAGCCGGAGCAAGACGGGCUAUAAAGGAGCUGGACAGGUAGCCCUGUUGCGAUGGGCAACCGCGGGAUGGAGGACCUGAUCCCGCUGGUCAACCGCCUGCAAGACGUCCUUAGCAGCGUGGGACAAACCUGCAGCCUCCACCUGCCGCAGAUCGCUGUGGUGGGCGGCCAGAGCGCAGGCAAGAGCUCCGUGCUGGAAAACUUUGUGGGCAGAGACUUCCUUCCACGGGGUUCAGGCAUUGUCACUCGCAGACCUUUAAUUCUCCAGCUGCUGAGUGCUAACACAGAGUAUGGUGAAUUUCACCAUUGUAAGGGAAAGAAGUUCACAGACUUUGAUGAGAUCUGCAAGGAGAUCGAGGCAGAGACAUGCAGACUCACUGGAUCAAAUAAAGGCAUCUCUCCUGUCCCCAUCAACCUACGGAUUUAUUCACCACAUGUGCUGAACCUAACUCUUGUGGACCUGCCUGGCAUUACCAAGGUGCCUGUAGGCGACCAGCCGACAGACAUAGAGUACCAGAUACGAGACAUGAUCAUGCAGUUCAUCUGUAAGGAAAACUGUCUCAUCCUGGCUGUGACGCCAGCCAACACUGACCUGGCCAACUCUGAUGCACUCAAACUGGCUAAAGAUGUUGACCCACAGGGCCUGCGCACAAUUGGUGUAAUUACUAAGCUGGACCUGAUGGAUGAAGGAACAGAUGCCCGGGAAAUACUAGAGAACAGGUUGCUUCCCCUACGCAGAGGUUAUAUAGGGGUGGUGAACCGGAGUCAGAAGGAUAUUGAUGGAAAAAAGGAUAUUAAUGAAUCUCUGCUUGCAGAGCGGAAGUUCUUCCUGUCCCAUCCAGCCUACAAACACAUGGCUGAAAACAUGGGCACACCAUAUUUACAAAGAAUGCUUAACCAGCAACUGACAAACCACAUCCGGGACACAUUGCCAGCCUUCCGUUGUCGUCUGCAGAGCCAGCUUCUGGCCUUGAACAAAGAGGCUGAAGAGUACAGACAAUAUAGUCCUGAUGACCCUGCACGCAGGACUAAGACACUUCUACAGUUAGUUCAGCGCUUGUCUGUUGACUUUGAGAAGCUAAUCGAGGGCUCAGGCGACAAAGUAGACACCGUGAAUCUGUCAGGAGGAGCUAGGAUCAACCGAAUCUUCCAUGAGCGCUUUCCCUAUGAACUGAUUAAGAUUGAGUUUGAUGAGAAGAAGCUGCGGCGGGAGAUCAACUAUGCCAUCAGAAACAUCCAUGGUGUCAGGACAGGUCUGUUCACUCCUGACAUGGCCUUUGAGGCCAUAGUGAAGAAACAGAUAUCAAGUCUAAAGGGGCCGUGUAUUAAAUUAGUUGACAUGGUCAGUCAAGAACUAAUCAACACUGUGUGCCAGUGUAUCAACAAGCUCAGUUCCUUUCCCAAACUGCAUGAUGAGACAGAGAGAAUUGUAACCACCGAAAUACAACAGCAAGAGAGUAAAUGCAGGGACCAGGUCUUGUUGCUCAUUGACAUACAGCUUGCCUACAUAAAUACCAAACAUGAGGAUUUUAUUGGCUUCACAAAUGCCCAGCAGACGAACAACCAAAGCAAAAAGAAGGUUGUUGCAGGGAUGACAGGAAACCAGGGUGUGGCCCCUCUUUCAACCCUAAUAGUCGUACGCAAGGGCUGGCUGACCAUCAGCAACAUUGGCAUCAUGAAAGGUGGAGCCAAGGAAUACUGGUUUAUUCUCACUGCCGAGAGCCUGUCCUGGUUCAAAGAUGAUGAGGAAAAGGAGAAGAAGUACAUGCUUCCUCUGGACAACUUAAAGCUCAGAGAUGUGGAGAAGGGCUUCAUGUCCAGCAAAUUUGUCUUUGCGAUCUUCAACACAGAGUUAAGGAACGUGUAUAAGGACUACAAAUGCCUGGAGUUGGCCUGUAACUCUCAAGAGGAGUUGGACAGCUGGAAGGCUUCUCUGCUACAGGCCGGAGUCUACCCUGAGAAAAUCACCGUGGAUGGGCAGGGAUCUCCUGAAAACUUCACAGACCCCCAGCUGGAGCGUCAGGUGGAGACCAUUCGUAACCUGGUUGACUCCUACAUGAGCAACAUUUAUAAGACCAUGAAGGACUUAAUGCCAAAGACCAUUAUGCACCUCAUGAUCAACAGCGUGAAGGAGUUCAUUAGCUCUGAGCUCCUGGCCCAGCUCUACGCUCUGGGAGAAUGCUCUGCGCUGAUGGAUGAGUCACCAGAGCAGCAGCAGCACCGGGAGGAAGUGCUCUGCAAACACACUGCCCUGAAGGAGGCGCUUGCUGUCAUUGGAAAUAUCUCCACCUCCACUUGCACCACCCCUCUGCCUCCACCUGUAGACUCCUCCUGGAUACAGUCCUCCAGCCUGAUACCCCCUAAAAAGUCAGUGACCAGUGGCAAGGCAGUGUUUCGUGGCCAUGCCCCAUGCGUUCCUCGGUUGCCCACUCACACUGCACCCAGUGCUUCACUGAGCCCUGAUGGCCUUCAGCAGCUCACUGGCCAACCUAACCGUGCUCCACCAAGUGUGCCAAGGAGGCAUCCUCCAGCUAUUCCAAAUGUCCUUUCUGCUCAGAACUCCAUUACCCAUCUACCCCGGUGAUCCUUCCAGCUGCCACUGAGUGCUUACCCAGAGACAGCCAAUGACCUGUGUGAUGUUUAAUCCAGCUGAAACACUAUGCUGGCCCUCUGUCUGUCUCCUCUGGGAGCUGCUGUCUGCUAAAUCCACCAAUCCUAAGCCUGUUUUGUACAUAAUAUCAUUAGCCACAAAUGCUGGAAUGUGCUCCACUGUCUGCUGACUUUUCUCAAGUGUUGUUGUAAAUAAAAUACCAAUUUCUAGUUAUUCUACUAAAACUGAAUACACAUGCACUAUUUUUAUUGUGUUUGAAUAAACAGGUGUUUUUAUGUA